GCUGCUGGAGGGCUUCAAGUGGCGCCUGCUGGACGCCGAGCCGUGCCGCGUGGUGCCUCUCCGCGUCAUCACGCCCACCCGCCUGGCCAUGCUGGCCGUGCCUGCAGACGCCACCGACGACUCGCUCAAGGCCAUCCUGGAGCGUGAGCUGGGCAUCCCGCGCGCCGAGCAGCAGCUGUGCGGUGAUUGGCCGAGCCCCGUGCGGCCCUGCGCGUGGUACGCCCAGCGGGGGCUGUUUCCGGCCACCCUGCACGUGUGCGGCGAGCAGCGGGCGGGGCCCACGGUGUGGCUGCAGGUGCGGCACGGGCAGGGCCAGACGCUGGUGGUGGCGCAGUCCGCCGACAAGCUGCAGGCCGUGCUGGACAAGGUGCCGGGCCACAUCGACCACGUGCACGGCCUGUACCGGGACGGCGAGGAGCUGCGGCUGGACCGCACACUGUCGGACCACGGGCUGGCCUGCCUCCACUCCCUCGAGAUGCGGGAGCGCGGCUGCAAGCAAGCGCUCAUCGACGUGCCGGCGGGCUCCGCUUGUCCAUCCACCUCGGUGCUGGUGGGCUUCAACCCGGAGGACACGGUGGAGGAGCUUUGCGAACGGGCCGCCUUCAAGAUCGGCGGAGCGGUCCUGGACCAGUACCGCGUCAAUCCCAACUUCUCGCUGUUCCUUCGAGACGAGGAGGUCGCUGGUGAUCGCCUGGUUGCAGACUGCAGCCAGACUGGCUGUGGGGUGUGGCUGUCCAUGCGGAAGAGGAUGCCACCCCGUGACUUGGCGAUAGAGAUUUACGUCAAGACACUUACUGGCAAGAUUAUUACGCGGAACUGCUGGGAAUCUUACACCAUUCAAAUGGUGAAGGAGGCGGUCCAGGCCUCAGAAGGUAUUCCGCCCGAUCAACAGAGACUCAUUUGGAGCGGCCGUGAAAUGAACGUGGAGGGCUGCACUCUCCUCGACUACGGCGUUGGGCAUCAGUCGACUAUUCACCUGGUACUGCGUCUGCGCGGUGGCGGCUGCGACACCGCCGUGGCGCAAGGGGCGCUGGCUGCGGACGAGGACGCUGCGGCCCCGGAGGGCGCUGAGCCCGUCCCCGCCCCGCCCGCCCAGCCGCAGCGGGCAGCCACCCGGCUGGCAGUGGGCAAGAUCCUGUCCGGAGAGAUCGUCCCGGCCCCGGAGACGGUCGGCUGCCGAUUCGUGGUGCGGUGGCACAGCAGCGUCAAACUCCAGUUUGACGUGUUCGUUCAAGAGCAGAAGGCGUGA